AUGGCGAAAAUUAGGUAAACGUACAUUUGUCCGACUACGUCCAUCGUUUCUAACCUUUCUUCAACAAUAAAAUUUAAAUAAUUUGUUUACUUUAAUGUCACUUCGUGCUGACCGCCAUCUUUGUUAUCGUUUAUUUCGCCCCAGUCCUCUAGCGGCUUUAGCUUUCCUGCCUCCUCCGCAGGCCCUCGUUGUGUCAUGGGAAGGUCACGAUUUCGAGAGGGCCUGCGGAAUCUUGUAAAAUGAAUAAAUGUUGUUUUGAACCUGCUCCGUUUAAAGAAGGCAGUUUUAUUCGUGCAAUGUUGGUGUGGACAACAAACCUUAUCGUUAAAAAAUGCUUCCUUCCACGUCCUAAGAGUCGCCAGUUUAAUUUACAAGUUUCACGCCGCUUUUUUAUAUCCUGUUAAUAUUCAAGAUUAUGUAGAAAUUUACUUGCUGACGUGACGCCGGCGCCAUUUUUUUUACAAGAUUCCGCAGGCCCUCGCCAGAACGUGACCUUCCCAUGACGCAACGAGGGCCUGCGGAGGAGGCAGUUAGCUUUAAACGUAACAGUGAGGAUAAUUUCCAUAUAACAUUUUUGCCAUAUAUGGCAUGCAACUUUCAUAUAGCUCUAAAUUUCAUGUCAUCGCGAGCGUUCUGGUGGUCGUAAAUCACGCGAUUCGUAAAAUACGACAAGGACCGAGUUUAACCGACGAGAAUUUUCAUGUGAUGUGUAAAUCACUCAUACACGCUUUCGUCCAUGGUUUUCGUCGAGGAAACCAAAGAGGUUGAACCUUGACGUUGUUAUUACCGUCGCUUGCAAACGAAGGAUGAACGGUCGCUGAAAAAAAAAGCCUAUUCGCGUGAGAAUCUUAAGUUUUCUUAUUUUAACAUAAUAGCUAUUUUCAAUAAAUAUAUUGAUAUUAAACUUAUUGAAUCAAUAUUUUAAGUUUCAGGGCAGUUGUACCAAAAGUUAUUAGCGCUAGCGCAUCAUAAGGUUUCAGAUGGCAUGCAACAUCUACGCACUGCGUACCUAUUUUUAAAUAUUUCAAGGAAGAAACAAGCCAACCUCGUACCCAGGACAGCAGACCCUGGGUACGAGGUUGGAAACAAGCUAAGUGAAAGCCGAUAUACACAACAUUUACCUAACACUGUCGUAUGCAACCUGCUUGAAUGGGAUAGUUUUUAGCAAGCCUUUAGUCAUUUUCAAUUUUCUUUACAAUGUGAUAAUAGAACUAUGGUUUACUAUGGUGUGAAAUUUCGUUACAUAAGCACUUUAAACGAGAACAGUGAUUCGACAUCCCAAAUGACCAACUUUAUGAAAUAUAUUUUCUUUCCAUUUCAGAAUUGUGAUCAACACCCUAAGCAAUCUAUUGGUACUGAAUUUCGAGCCAGUAUCAUGGAGCUACACUCUACCACCUGACCGCCCGGAAUCUUUAGGCACACUCAAUAAUUUUGCAGGUGCACCACCAAGAUCGAGGUCCCGGUCUUACGUUCGAGCACAGAAAUUAGCACGAGGUGCGCACGUGGAUAAGCUUAUUCAGCCUGCAGUCUCUGUGCCGUCGUUCAGCUGUUUGCUGGAUAGAUCUCUUAGAGUGACGCCAUUCAGCUUACGACGGACAUCGCGGGUGACGAGUGCACCUGCGAAUGUCACCAGACAAGUGACUCAGAGUAUUGAGCAACAUGUACAGCGGAUAAAUCGUGCACGGCAACAAACACCCCCAGAGGUUGGACAAAGUAAGCCACGCCCACAGUCAUCGCCGGCUCAUCUGCGGACAUACGUCAGUCAAACUCAAGCAAAUUCAAGUGUCCUGCCAACCGAAGGAAGUAUUAUUAUUAAAGGCAACUUAAAACCUCCGACACAGCCAGACCCCUUACCGAGCAAGAAUAAUUGGCACGGCAUAACCAGAGGAAGAUCUGCGCCAGCGAUACGUACAAAUGUUCUCUCUGGUAAAGAACGUGGCUGGACCACGUCUGCAAAAGACGUCAUUUUACCACAUAAUAAGUUGAUGCGAACUGCUGCACAAGCAAGAGAACAUGUCAAACGACGACCACAAAGUGCUGAUUCGGCAAAAGUAAAAAAAGCUGACUUGGCAAAAGUGGAAAAUGCUAAUUCAGUCGCAGUGAAACAAAUUUCAAGCGUCGUUUCGAAAACAGCAUCAUGUUUAAAUCUUAAGACUUACAGCGAAGGACUAGCGAAUGACGGCACGGGUCAAAACCAAUGGCCACGCAAAAAGGGGACAAUUAGCAAGACCCAAAGACCUCUAUUAUGCCUGACGUGA